AUGCGGCUCGGGGGACCCCCCCGCGGCCCCUGCUCCGGGCCGAGCCCCGCGGGGCCCGGGCGCAGCCCAGGCCGCGUGCAGGGCUGCGAGAAACCCCAGAGCCGGCCCGGGCGCGCGAGACCCGCUUCGCCGGGACCCGCCGCGCCCUCGGGGGUCCGGGGCUCCCCGCAGCCGGGGCGCCCAGCCUCCGCGAGGAGGGCCCGGCCGAGAACCCUUCCCCCCUUCGGGACCCGCCUCUGGAGCCGGCGGCGGCCGCCCUCCCCAGAAGCCCUCGGCUCCGCCCCGCGCCGCCCCGCCCCGCCUCGGAGCUCGCUCCGGCCCCCGCCUCCGGCGGCCCGAGGGGCGGGGCGGGUGGAGGGGGCCGCGCGCGGCCGGGCGGAAGCGCGAGGGGAGGUGCUUCCGGGACAGAGGGCGCGCAAGAUGGCGGCGCCCAUGGAGCUGUUCUGCUGGUCGGGGGGCUGGGGGCUACCGUCAGUGGAUCUGGACAGCCUGGCCGUGCUGACCUAUGCCAGAUUUACUGGUGCCCCACUCAAGGUGCACAAGAUCACCAACCCCUGGCAGAGCCCUUCAGGAACUCUGCCUGCCCUCCGGACCAGUCAUGGAGAGGUCAUCUCGGUACCACACAAGAUCAUCACCCACCUUCGAAAAGAGAAGUACAACGCUGAUUAUGAUCUGUCAGCCCGGCAAGGGGCAGACACGUUGGCCUUCAUGUCCCUGCUGGAGGAGAAGCUGCUCCCGGUGCUGAUACAUACUUUUUGGGUAGACACCAAGAACUAUGUGGAAGUGACCCGGAAGUGGUACGCGGAGGCCAUGCCCUUUCCCCUGAACUUCUUCCUUCCCGGCCGCAUGCAGCGGCAGUUCAUGGAGCGGCUGCAGCUGCUGGGCGGGAAGCACAGGCCUGAGAACGAGGAAGAGCUGGAGAAGGAGGUACCUCUGGGGCAGGGGGCUGCUGUAGGAGAGGAGCCCCAAAGACGAUGGUCAGGAAUGGGGCUGCCCAGGCCGGGAGGUGGCUCUGUUCCCGCAGCCGCGAGCCUGCCUUGUGUCCUCCCUACAGCUGUACCAAGAGGCUCGGGAGUGCCUGACCCUGCUCUCCCAGCGCCUGGGCUCUCAGAAGUUCUUCUUCGGAGAUGCUCUCUCCUCCUGCCCUCUCUCUCUGCUCCAGCCCCGCCUCCCUGGAUGCCUUUGUCUUCAGCUACUUGGCCCUGCUGCUGCAGGCCAAGCUGCCCAGCGGGAAGCUGCAGGCCCACCUGCGGGGGCUGCAGAACCUCUGCGCCUACUGCACACACAUCCUCAGCCUCUACUUCCCCUGGGAUGGAGCUGAGGUGCCACCCCCACGCCAGACACCGGUGGGCCCGGAGACUGAGGAGGAACCGUACCGGCGCCGGAACCAGAUCCUCUCUGUGCUGGCGGGCCUGGCAGCCAUGGCGGGCUACGCCUUGCUCAGUGGCAUUGUCUCUAUCCAACGGGCAACGCCUGCUCGGGCCCCGGGUGCACGGUCCCUGAGCAUGGCUGAGGAGGAUGAAGAGGAGUGACUUGUCCUCACGCCCCCGGGACUGAGUUUUCUACUGUCGUACAUUCCAGAGGCCCCCGUGUUGCCCCACUGCCAGUACGGCUGGAAGUGGGGUGUCACUCCCGUAAUAAACCUGUCCACGCUGACGGAA